AGGUGGUGGGCGGUGCUUCUGAAGAUGACUGGGUGAGAAUCGUAGAAUCCUACCCCAGCUCAGCCAGCUGAGGACACAGUGCGACCUUGGGCCUUUGUCAAACACCAACACACACACUGUUCCUCUCUUAUACCAGUCAGUCACUUGUGUUGUCAAAGGUGUUCUUCAGACGUGAGAAAAAUUAAAUUGGGUCGCAUUUCAUAGUACUUUGCCAUUUAUGCGGUCAAUACUACUUUCGUGCUGUACAAUUCUCACAUGACAUUAUGAAACAGUUAAUGUUUAUGUAUGCACACCACAUACACGGAUUUUAUUGCAGUGUUUUCGGUUGCAGUUGCAACACGGCCGAGCAGCAAGAGUCAUUCCGGAGUUUUAAGACAUAAACAAAGUGCCUUUCUUCGGCAGUGCUUUGAAGUCGGCCGUACUCUUUAAAGCAGGUAUCAUAAGAUUCAGCUAGUUUGCACUUUGAGAGACGUUACAAGAUCGCUUGAAAGAGCUUACAAGAUGCCCAUCUUCAUUACCAAGCCAAGAAUGGAGUGGCCAGCCGUCUACUCCACCACCACCCACCCUCUCCAAUUCGCCAAGCAGGUGUCCAGCAGGAAUGCCAGCACCUUCCCCAGGAGGGGACGGACCGCACCCUGUCCCCCAUAUGGUAUGCCGUCUGUUCUGACGGACGGGGAGGGGGUGGAGAUCACCGAGCUACCGGGGGACGAGACGGGCCGGUGUGGGGUGGUCAUCACCGUCCCGCCCUGCAAAGAUUUGACGACUGUCAUCGUCCGACUACCAAACAGUGCAGACAAGGAGAAAAGUGAGACACACCUGUUAUCACCUAUUCGACGAAAAAGCAAGGCUUUCAACGCCAAGUUGCAGGAAGGCGAUGAAGUCCUCAGUGUCAACGGUCGAAACGUUCGCAACGUGGCACGUGACAUCGCUAUGGGUUACGUGGACAACGCCAUGGAUACACUUGACCUAGAACUUGUCAGACGCGGCACUGGUGCUCCAACCAUACCAAUCAACGCCUCAUCCACAGAACACAUGAAUGGUAACACGGAGAUACGCCGAGUACCAACUUACCAGAUCACGACACCAAGACAACCAGGUCAAAAGCAGACAUCUACAACAACGCAUGUGCAGACCAGAACCGAUGGAGGCGUGACGGAAGAGACGGUGACUAAGACGAUCACAGAACGGAUGGGGGAGGAGGCGAAGACGACGACAAAACGUGACGUCAAGACGUACGGAGCUCCACAGGAGUCUACUGGCGGCACAGGAAUGGGUCGGCAAGCAGGAGGCAGUGCCGUCACCUUUCACGCCCCCAAGAUCAACGUGGCGGCCAAACCAGCCGUCUGGUCCCCGCCAAGCAAAUCGCAACCCGCCAAGAAACCCCAAUUAGCGUAUUCCAGCAGUGCGCCUGCGCACACCACCACCACGGCGCAUGUGCAGUACACCGCAAGCCAGCCGACGAAACCCAAGACGCCCUUCUUGGAGAGCCAGCAGGAGCAGAGCGCUCCAUCAAAGCCGAUGCGCUGGGAGCCUCAGAUCCACUACUCGACCACGCCCAAGAUGGUGUCAGAACCUUCAUCCACCACUACCUGGAGCGGCUCCGUGAGCGGACCAAGACGGACAUCCGUGGGGCAGGAAGUCACCAUCACCUUCGCUCCUCAUGGUCUUGUUGCCAAGAGGCCCUCCACCGAUAGCGGGACACCUGCAACACUCAUCACACCAGUUAAGGAGGAACCGGCCCAUGUGUCUACGACGAUCGACGUCCAUAAGAAACCAGUCUACAAAGAAGAGCCAACAGUCAUCUUAAGACGAGCAGCACCGCCUCCUGGCGAGCAGGGCAAGAGUACACUUGAUGAGCCAGACAUGAAGCGGCCAUAUUCGUAUCCGGGCAAACACUCAGAAGAUGAUCCAGAGAUCAGCACUGAGAUGAGAAUGAAAGCAUGCAAGACCAUCGCUGACCUGCUCAUGUUCCCGGCCGACAAGCACGCCAAGGGAGCCCGGAUGUUCGCCAAACGGCGCAAGCGCAGUGACCGCUGGUCGGUCGAGGGCAUGGGUCAAAACAUCAACGAGGAGGAGGAAGAGGAAGAGGAGCAAGAAGACAGAGGAGUGGAGAUCACUUUGGUUGCGUCUGGAAGAAGGCCUUUGCCUCCUGGAGCUGUACCCAUUGGGAUGCCUUUGCCGCCACCACCUCCACCACCUGAGCCAGGCAAGCCUUUUAUCCCUCAGGCUCCCCCACCACCCCCGCCAGGCACCAAGUACAGGCUCAAGGUGGAGCCCACAAACUUCAAAGUCAACCUGAAAAAGAAAGAGGUCUGUGAGCACAACAUCGUCAGCCCAGAGGAAAUGGGCCGCCUGGUCGUGGACUUGAAAGCAGCCACUGGCAGAGGGGCUAACAUGUUUGAGAGGCGCCGCCAACGAUCAGAUCAGUACGUCAUCGAUGAAACCAAUGUCAAACCCCCACCGGUCUUGAAAAAGACACCCAAGCCCAAAGGAAUCGCCACGGCCACUGUUACCAUGAAGCAGGAUAACCAAAUGCAUUUCCCAAAGAAAUCCCCCUGGGAAGCAGCAAUGGAAUCGCCCUCGGGCAGUUGCGAUGCAGCGUUUCAACACAUACAGAAGAAGAGACCAUCCUUCUCGCAGGUGGACAGUCCAUCGAAGGGGCACGGGCCUCCCCCACUAACCAAACCCAAACCGCACACAGCUCGCAUGUCUCACGAGACACUCUCAAAAACUCAGUCCGACCCGCCCCUAAUCAGGCCGAAGCCUGUCCCGCAGCUUCCAAAAGAAUCCGGCUCGCCGAUUUUCAAACCCCAAUUCAAAGCCAGGAGGGUGUCUUCAGAGAAAGGUCAAGGAGGUCAAGACUUCAACCCCAAGCCUCGUGGCUGGAAUUCCCCGAUGAACUCUGGAGAGACAUCUCCCACAUCAAUGAACUCCGCCGAAGACGGUAGCUUUGGCCCCGUCAGGCCAAUCAGAUUCGGCUCGGACUAUAAUCGGAAGCCUCGUGCAUGGGCAAGUUCUGAGACCACUGUAAAUGCCGCCGCCAACGGCAGACCGGCGAGUUACCAAUAUCCUAAGCCCGCGAAAUUCGCCGUACAUCCGGGACGUAGUGAGACUGGUGACCUUUGAUCCUUUGAGGAGCAUCACGUAUUGCGCAUGCUUGUGAUAUUUUUCUUGGAUAUAAUUGCUGUGAUUGUGAGUAAAAUACCAGACGUUUAAACCCUGUUUUUUAUAAUAUGCACCUUGUUUAUUGUCAAUAACAUAAUUAUUCAAAGUAUAGGGCCUACUAGGCAUAAUUAACCCAAACUGAAAAUUCACGAUUGUUUAUAAAGAGAAACCUCAAAAUCUCUGUAGAUGUUAAGCACUCUUAAUUUAUAUUUUAAAUAAUACAAAUGUGCAUGUACAGGGAACGCGGUGUUCAAAUUUAUAACCAGUAGGAAUGCAGUUGUAAUAUUAUACUGAGCACUUACAUUUAAUCCUGUACAAAUUUGUUCACUUGUGUUUGAAAAAUCAUUGCUCAAGUUUUGUAAACUACCACGACCAAAAGGUCAACAAAAACUAAUUGUAAGUUAAGAAUUAAUUGUCGAGAGCUUUAGAUCGUUAUUGUUAAUAUAACUAUAUGCACGUCAGCAUGUAUAUUGCUUUCAGUGCACGACAAUAACCAAGUAGAUUUGGUUAAGUAAUUAAAAAUUUAGACCGAGCAUUGUCAGGCUAGUUCCCCGUUUGCUGAAAAUAUUUACAAAGGAUUGUUUCGCUUGAUUUGAUAAAUGUACAUCUUCUGAGUUUUAUAAACCUUAUGUAUAAAUUAUUUAUUGUGUUCAUCAUAAAUAUAAAACCAUACCGGAGGCACCAUUAAGGAAAACAUAUUUACUGAAUUCUAUUUCACAGGCAGCGACAACUUCGAUUGUUUGAUUGAUUUGUUCAAAGCUGGCAAAAUUCAAGGACUGUUCUAAAACAUCUGCAAACAAAAUAAGUUUGCAUUCUAACAGAAAGACGAUUUUCAUAGCACUAUCCUGACUUCAAUGUGUCCGAAAAUGUAUUUUUUUUUUUUUAAGAAUUGCUCAACUAGUAAUAAUAAAGCAUAUUUCAUUAGAUCUGAAGUAUUUAUGGUGAUGCGUUUGAUGGGAUACGGGGGAAAGUGUGGUGAUUUUUACGGACAGGUGUUUUGGCGCCAAAUACAGUUUCUUGGGCUGAAUUUUCAUGCAAAUAUUUUCAACACUAACCGUAUCAUACUUGUCUUAAGCCAUGACAGUUUGACAAAGACUAUUUGCAGAAACAGUACAGCUUCUAAGUUCAAACCUUUUUCUAUAAGCUUGGAGCUUGUUAAUGCAAAACAAAACAAAACAAAUCAAAAUCAAGAUGGCGUACCGUGAUUGGAUCUAGAAUGAGUUCGGGCUUGCAAGAUGAUAAUUUGGUACGGAAGUAAAAUGAUGAAGGUUUAAGUGAGGCGCUUAUACGAUGGAAAAGUUUCUCUUUCAUGAAACAAUUUGACCAACUUUGUGGUGACAAUAACUACGCUGUAAUGGACGUCUUUCAGCAUAUCAGUUGCGAGAUGACGAAAUUGACGUCACAGUUACACCUUCCAACAAACACCAAAACAAAACACAAAACACUAUACGGCGAUUAGUUUGCGGUUAUGCUAACGAUUGCAAUUCCAACGCCACGUCAGAAAAUUGGUUUUGUACUAGUUUGAUAAUCAUCAUAUGAAAACUUAAUACAGAGAGCGGGUUUGGAGAGAAUGAAAGCCCGUGCAGCUAUCGGACGUUGAAGGAUGCAUUAUCCCCAAACGUGAUUCUGUAAUUUGGCGCAAACAAAAAAAGAGCAAAAAUGUCAAGGUUCGAUGUUGAUAUGAAAGAAAUAAAGAUAGCAUCUUAAAAAAAAUUAUAUCACAGCUUGUAAAGUUUACAUACACAAAAGGGUGUAUGCGGGGAUAUCAAUGAGUUUUAUAGGGUGGUUAAUGGAAUGGUGAAAUUUAUUUUAUGCUAGAGUUAGAGAGUAUAAUAAUAGUCAAACAAUGUCUUACAUCUGACGCACUCUAUACUCAAUGUGCGCAAGCAAGUACGAGUAAGGCACCGUACUGCAUCCAAUCAAUGAAGAGAAUGUAAAUAGAAGACCUCUGAGUUAAGAGGAAAACGUGCACACUCCAUUGUGAAGUGGAUCUGCAUGAAUACGAAGAAAAAUCAACUCGGAUGUUGUCUUAAAAAAACACUGGCAGUGUAAUAAUACUAAUAAUCGAACUGGCAGCAUGUCAGUUUAGGCCUACCAUGAAGACUGUUUGUAAACUCUGAAGUGAUUUCGUUGAAAUGUUUUGGACACCUCUUUUCAAUUCAACUGAAGUGUAUAAUUACCGGCAUUGACAGUUUUUUUAGUUACUCGAUUGUAUUCCUACAGAAGAAAAGACUUUGUGAUGAUUAGAGAGCAAAAAAAAAAGAAAUAAACAAAUAAACAAACACAA